AUGGAAGAGCGAACUAUUCGAGUCUCGGAAGUUCAACCCGACCUCGGCGAGCUUCAACGCAAGCUGACUGGCCUCAACCCGAACGACAUGCUCACCGCCGUUGCGUACGGAUUAAAAUUUUGGGACGAUCAACUCGAGCUUCGAUACAGAACUGAGCUUGAAAAGUCGUUCACGAGCGCGCAAAGAAGCGCUGAGAUGUACAAGAGGAAACUUCAGGACGUGCACAACGCUUAUAAGAGAGCCAAGACGAAACAAGAUGAACUUGCCGCUCAGUUAAAGGAACGAGAGAAUGAUAUUGAAGAGUUACAGCAUCGCUACGAAGAGAAGAGCAGAGAGAAGCGUCGUUUGGAAGAUUCAGCUGGAAGAGGCAGACCGAGCCUGGGACCACAGUUUCAGGCACGCACGGCACCUAUGAUGCCAGAGACUGCGGGUCGAAUCGAUACUCGAGGUCGUACCGAACCUGAUGGUUGGCUGCAACAACAACGGGUCUCGUCUAGCGAACUCCGCAGUCAUCGUAGCUCCGAGCAACUUCACAGGAAUUUACCGCAGCGUCGCACCAGUCUCACGCGCAGUUUCGACAGCGGAUUGACACCUCCAUCAAAUUCACGCGACUCACACGAGCGCACAUUUCGAGCUCUUUCUCCGUACACGCGUCAGGCAGUCGAACCACCUUCUCGGCCCGGACGUGAUUCCGUCGGACUGUUCUCGAAACGACGCAUAUUCUGA